AUGGAUAAUCAUGGAUCUCACCUCACGUAUGAAUUCAUUGAAUACUGCGAGAAGAAUCGGAUUCUUCUCUACUCCUUCCCACCACAUGCAACCCAUUUUUUGCAGCCUUUAGAUGGAAAGCCAUUUAAACAGUACAAACACUAUCAUGGGCAGGCUGUCACUGAGGCUGCUAUACUUGGAUGGAGUGAUUUUGAGAAGCGGGAGUUCCUUACAGUACUACCAGGUAUUCGGAAGGAGACAUUCAAGACCCAUACUAUCCAAUCAGCCUUUAGAGAUUGUGGAAUCUUCCCUUUUGACCCCUCUCCUGUUAUGGACGAUCUGGAGAAACAAGCAGAGCCCAUUCCAGAUCUACAAAUAUGGGAUGGUGACUCUACCUCUAGUGGUUCCGCCCAGAGCUCUCCUAAAACCAUCAGGCAACUCCGGAAAGAAAUCUCUAAGGCUCGGGCAUCCUUGGAUAAGAUUGAUGGUCAUCUAUCUGCUUUAUCACCAGGCUUAAAUAGGCGUUUGGAGAGGAUAUUUAGUGGUGGUCUAACUCAGGCGGAAUCCAGUGAUCAAACAGCCAUGGAGUUGGACCGAUAUCUCAAAGCUGCAGCACACCAAUCUAAGCCAAAAUCUCGUCGACAAGUUCCUGGACUUAGCCACUCUGGUGUACUAUCAGUGCAGGAUGCCAACAGGCGAAUUGGUGCCCGAAAGAAGGCAGAAGAAAAGAAGGAAGGGCGGCGACUUGGACAGUCUAUUAGGACUUCUUUGGCCACCACUCACCGCAGAUAUGACCGAUUGGAGCUAUGGAUGAUGGGAAUUGAUGAAAAUGCCGACCAGGAAACUAUUGAUAGUAUUUUAAACAAAAACCGAUGA